AUGUGGAAUUCAAUGAUUAAUGAACUUGAUGAACCCCGCGUUAGAACUUAUGCCGAAAUAUUAAAACAAAAACAAGAUGAUGAAGGAUGUGAAACUGCAAGUUCAAUAUGGCAGAAUCAUGUUGAAAAUAAUAUACUAAAAUUAUACAAAUUGAACAAUGAACCACUUUUAACAAGACAAAAACAUAUCCUAUUUUUAAAAAAAUCUUUAUUUCAUCUUUGUGAAGCUCAUGAGUGUUUAGAUUCCAGUAGAUCAUGGUUGUGUUAUUGGAGUCUACAUUCUCUUCAAAUCCUAGGAGAACGAUUAGAAUAUGAUGAGUAUUCCAAAAUUAUUAAUUUUUUAUCUAAAUGCCAGUCACCAGAAGGAGGAUUUGGAGGAGGCCCAGGACAACAUCCUCAUUUAGCUUCUACAUAUGCAGUAAUAAAUGCAUUAUGUACUAUUGGUACUCCUGAAGCUUAUCAAAUAAUUGAUAGAAAAGGACUUAAACAGUUCUUAUCAUCUCUACAUGGAGAUGAUGGUUCUUUUAGCAUACACAAAGAUGGAGAAACAGACAUAAGAGGAAUAUAUUGUGCUCUUUCUGUAGCAAAACUAACAAAUGUAUAUACUCCAGAAAUAUUUAAAGGAAGUGAAAGUUGGAUAGCUAAAUGUCAAACGUGGGAAGGUGGUUUUGGAGGUUCUCCUGGAAUGGAAGCUCAUGGUGGAUAUGGAUUUUGUGGGUUAGCAGCACUUAUGCUUCUUGGAAAACCUCACUUCUGUUCUUUGAAAUCAUUUCUGGUAUUUAAUUAA